CACGGUCGGAACUUUUGGGAACGUAACACCUAAAACCCUCACUAAAACCCUGAAUUUUCCUUCAGCUUUCUCGGCAUCCAAACAGGGUUUUGCAAUUAUUUUCUCUAACUUGACCCAAUUCCUUUCCUCCUCAUCAUUAUUCUUCUUCUACUUCAAUGGCGGCUGCUCUGCUUCUCAAUCGCAUUUCGAGGACCAGAGCCUGCAUCUCUCUCUAUCGAGUCUCAGGAAGUCACGGUUUCGAUUUCCUUUCUGUCCAAAUUCGUGGUGGAAUCUCCUCGACAGCAUUUCGAGGGAGAUCGUUGGUUACCCUUGUUGAAAAUGCUUCCCGAUUCGAUGAGAUGGUAUCCGGUAAUCAACGGAAGUAUUACCUUCUUGGCGGAAAGGGAGGUGUCGGGAAAACAAGCUGCGCUGCUUCUCUUGCCAUUAAGUUUGCUAAUAACGGUCAUCCGACUAUCGUGGUUUCAACUGAUCCCGCUCACUCCUUGAGCGAUUCCUUUGCUCAGGACUUGACAGGAGGAGUUCUGAAGCCAAUUGAAGGUGUUGAUUCUCCGCUUCUGGCUCUUGAGAUAACCCCUGAGAGAAUGAAGGAAGAGAUUAAACAUCAAAAGGGCAAUAAAAACGUGAAAGAUCUCAUGGAUAGCAUGGGGCUCGGAAUGCUUGCUGGCGAGUUAGGGGACUUAAAUCUUGAAGAUAUGAUCAAUGCUGCAUCUCCUGGUAUUGACGAAAUAGCGGCUAUCUCCAAGGUUCUGCAAUUCAUGGAAUCCCCAGAAUACAGUAGGUUUACCCGUAUCGUUUUCGAUACUGCACCUACGGGACAUACUCUCCGGCUUCUUUCACUGCCUGACUUCUAUGAUGCAUCCAUAGGGAAAAUAACAAAGAUCAAGAAGAAGAUCUCUGCUGCAGCUUCAGUCUUCAAGUCGGUUUUGGGGAAGAAGGAAAUACCACAGGAGACGCCUAAUGAAAUGGACCAACUGAAAGAGAGAAUGGCAAAAGUUCGAAACGUUUUCCGUGACGACGAUACUACUGAGUUUGUCAUCGUAACCAUCCCGACGGUUAUGGCAAUAAAUGAGUCUUCAAGGCUACAUGCAUCUUUGAAGAAGGAAAAUGUGCCGGUCCAUAGGCUUAUCAUCAAUCAGGUUCUACCUCCGUCUGGGUCUGACUGCAAGUUCUGCUCGAUGAGAAGGAAGGAUCAGACACGGGCACUCGACAUUAUUCAGAAAGAUCCAGAACUUUCCGGGUUGAAAUUGAUACAAGCCCCAUUGCUAGAUGCAGAGAUAAGAGGUGUCCCUGCACUGAAGUUCAUGGGCGAUCUCAUUUGGAGAUGAAGCAAGAAUCACGACAACAA